AUGUUGCAUACACAAGUUCAAACUUGUGAUCAAGAUGUUAUUGAAAUGAAUUAUCAACCAUGUGGUAUUGCUGCUGCCAAUAAUCAAACAGGAAAAGAACAAGAUACUUCAUCUGAUUUAGACUUAAGCAAAAGUACUGAUUCCAGUAUGCCAUUAUUACCACCAAAUGAAACAACCUCGUCUUCUCAUUGUGGGAUUACAUAUGAAUUAUCAUUGAAAGAUUCAAGUAGCAAUAGUUGGAUUGAUGAAAUUGAACAUAGUCAAAUGGAUUGUUCUGAGUUAUUAAUAAAAUCGAUUUCAUCUCCAAAACAACGUGUUGUUGAUCAUCGAACUUCUUCUUAUCCAUCUCCUGUGCACAUAGAAACAAACUCAUCAAUAAUAAGCGAUGGUUCAUCAACUUCAGAUAUCGUGACUGAUGUUAUGGAAAAAAUCAUGAAGAAUCUAAAUAACAUUGAACAUCAAUGUGUGUUCGAUGAUGCUGUACUUCUUCGUGAACUUGAACCUGCUGAUAAUAUUCAACAAUUAGAUAUAAGUAUGGUAACAGAUGAAUGUUCUUCAACUAUUGAACCAACAUUUUCAUAUCAUAAUAUAUUAACAGAUCUUCCAAGUGGUGUUGAAAUACCUUCAGCAGGCAAGUUCUUGGAUAAUCAAACUUCUUCGAUCAAUAGAGAACGAGGUCGUCCACGUUCGGCACGUUCAAAAUCACAAAAAUGGUCAUCAGAAAAAGUCAACAAUCUUGUUCUUAACCCUAAAUCUUCCACUAUGUGGAAAUCAAUUAUUAUCCGGCGUCAGUUUGUUCUUGGUACAUCAACCGACAUGUUUCGAAUGAUACCAUCCUAUUUAUUUGAUGAUGAAUGUCGAUUAAAACUCAUUGAUUCCCUCGUAUACAAAAAAAUACUGGUCAAAGGUAAUUGGUUUCGAAAUGCAAAAGGAUCUCCUAUUGCUGCGUUAGAUAUUUAUGGUGAAGAUAUUAAAAAUAUAUUUAGUACACAGGCAAAAUUUAUGUUACAAGAUUCUCGACUCAUUGCAUUAGUAACAACAUCAUCUUUAGCUUAUUUUUCGAACAAAUCCACAAUUUUACUUGAUAAUUGUCAUUUUAUGGAAAAAGGUCUUGCAUCAUAUACAUUAAUUACUACUUGUUCUGGUUUUAGUAAAUCCGAUACAUUUUUAGAGAUUUCGAAUUGUUGUAACGAUAUUGAUGAAUUAGAAACAGAAUACAACUCCCAAAAUGAUAAUACAUCAAUUAAAAUUUUAACAAAAAAUCGAUCAAAAAAAUCAUCAAAAAAGUAUUCAAAUGAAAGUGAUGAACAUAUUUGUGAAAAGGUUCUGAAUGAAUUUACUGGACCUGGAUGCAUUACAGCUUUAGCAAAAAAUGGAAAUGUUCUCGGGCUUUUUGAUGAAUUUGAUGACGAAAGUCAAAAAACCAAUGUUUUUCCAUCCAAAGACAAAUUCAAUAAUUCCAUGAUAAAUUGUAAAUCAUUUGUCCAAACUGUAUUUAGUUGUCCUGACAAAUACAUCAAAGCAACUGCUGAUCGUUUAACAAUCUUAAUUAAACCACGUCUGUCAAUUAUUGGUGGUUCAAAUGGAUCAAUUUUAAUUGAAAUUAUUCGGAAAAAAUUGAGUAAUACAAUGAUAGCUGAUCCUAUGGUGGAACGAUUUGAGUUCGUCUCACUUCAGUCUACAGAAACAUUAGUAGCAAACCGAUUACAAACACUUCCGCAAGAUUCAAUUCGUAUAAACUUUCUCCUGUUGUUUGUCCAUAUGAUCAAUGGGAAGAUAUUUAUGUUUGAUGAUGACGCACGCCAUCUCCAAAAGCAAUUUACUGAUGAACUGACCACACGGUCAUUACGUUUUGAACGUCAUGACGCGUGGUUAAGUGUAAGAUUUCGAAAAUCACGAGAGUAUUCAUUAAGAAUGUGUGCUUAUCUACAAAUAAUACAAUUAGCUUAUCAAUUAGCAUAUGAAUUUAUACAACAACAACCAACACCAUUUAAUACAUAUGAUAAAAUGACAAUUGGUUUAUACAAAAAAGUAAAACAAUUCGUCGACGAGAAACAUGUGCCAAAUGAAAUAUUUAUUAACGAACAAAUCGUACAUAGUUCUCAUAAAGCGACAUCAAUUAUGAUGUUAAAAUAUAUAAAUUUAACAUCAAUAAGUUCAUCUGAAAAAUCACCUAUUCGUUAUAUACCUGAAGCUCCAUUAGCAACAUCAAUAUCAUCACUUAGUAUUUCGUCAGUGCCCAUGGCACAAGAGCAUCAUCAACAACAACAACAACAACAACAACAACAACAACAACAUUCAACACCACCUAUACCAACGAUCAACAAUAAUCGAGAAUUUAAAAUAUACUGUAAAAAUUUGAUGCUGAUUAAUUCAAUAGUUUUUACUCGAAGUUCAAUUCACACAGAAAGUCAAUUAAAAAAACAUCUUCACUAUUUUGAUCAUGCAACAACAUUUUUAUCAGAAAUGAAACUUUUACAUAUAUACAAAAAUGGGAUAAUGACUGCCGAUGCACGAACAAUCAAUUGUUAUGUGAAAGCAUUACCUUCAACAAAUACUGAUAAUACAAUUUUAGCUUUUUCUAAAUUAUAUCGAUUUGAAUAUAACUAUUUACCACCAAAAAAAAAACCAAUGGCACCAGUUCCACUAGUGACUGGUUCAACAGUUAUUUCAUCACCAUCUAAUGAUUCGAUGUCAUCAACAAUAAAUCCACAAAAUCCAACAUCAUCAUUAAAUUCAAUUUCACCUGUGGCACCAUCACCAGUGACUACAACUGUAAACAGCAAUGUUCUACGAUUAACAUCAAUAGGCAAUCAAGUAUUACUAGAUGCAACGGGAAAUAAUAAUACCAAAUCGAGUUCAUCAUCUUCUGAAUCUUCAGCAUCUGAAGACGAAACAUCUAUUCGAAAAACUGUACCAACAUCAUCUAACAGACAAGUUUUACGUAAACAAAUUUCACGUGAACCAACAAAACGAAAAAGAUAA